AUGAGCAAUCUUCUCUGGCGAUACUACCAUAAUGGGGAAGUCGAUAGAUUUCGGCACCUCCUUUCAAAUGGGAGUCAUAGUACCCAAUAUACACCGAAGAACUAUGGGGCAGGGCUGGGGGCGCAUACCGUAUGUGGAUCCGUAGGAAGCCCCAGUGGAUUUGCGACCUCUCCCAGAGCUGUGGUGAAGGGUAGGAAAGUCUCUGGUCAAGCGGGAAACUUUGGCGCCGGAAAAGUAGGCAAUUCCGGACUGGGUCGAGCAGAGGUCAACAGUAGAGACCAUGCCGGACUUACUAUACUUCACCGAGCUGUGUCCUCACCGUCUGAAAGUGCGAUAAGCUUCGCCAUAGCACUCCUCGAGCAUCCUACUAUCGAUUUGUACAUUCAAGAUACGGAGAAUGGAUGGACUGCUUUGCACAGAGCUUUAUACUUCGGGAAUAUCACGAUGGCUCAUGCUAUUAUCGAGAAAGAUAUUCGGGAUCCAGGCAGCCAAGGAAGCUCUGUGAUUAAGGUCAAAGAUUACGAAGGGAACAGCCCAUUUGACGUUUAUAAUGCGACGAUUGCAAGGCGUAAUCUUCAACUCACUGGUGACGGGACAGAAUCUGAUGAUGGUUCCAACGAUGACACUGAAUUCGUCCAAGCUGAGUCUUGCUCCGAUCCGAAUUCAAUGCAGACUUCGAUCGAUGGUGAUGAGGUCUUCACCUGGGGUAGUAGUCGCAACCAUGGACUGGGCUUUAAGGAUCAGGAUGAUCGACAGCAUCCAGAGAAAAUUACCCUGAGGCGGCCGGAUCACCUACUCUUCCGGUUCUAUCGAGAGCAUCUAGAAUCCAACGGUGCUGCGAACUCAGCAAAUGAUACUUCGUUGUCAUUGCCAAAAUCGGUGUCGGAACUUCCGACUCUCAUCGCAAAUCGACCUAUUAUCAUCCAAGACGUUGCUCUCUCAAAGCUGCAUAGCGCCAUAUUGACCACCGAUCCAGAAUCCAAUUUAUACAUAUGUGGAUUUGGUCCAGGUGGACGAUUAGGGACGCGGGAUGAGAUGACUAGGUUUUCCUACGUUCCUAUCGAGGGAGGUGCACUCGCUGGUAAAAAGGUAACGAAAAUUGCACUUGGGCAAAAUCAUUCUUUGGCCGUAACGUCCGAAGGAUCGCUCUUGUCCUGGGGAACCAAUACGUUUGGUCAACUAGGUUACACUUUGCCUCGACCAGCGCUGAAGGAUGAAGAGCCCAUCUGUGCUACACCACGUCAAAUUUUCGGUCCUCUGAAGAGAGAAUUUAUCGUAGGAGCAGCUGCAUCAGCUCUACACUCUGUUGCUCAUACGUCAACGUCUCUGUUCACGUGGGGAAAGAAUGAAGGCCAGCUUGGGUUGAUGGACUCAGACUCGCGCAGUCUUGAGGUGCAGAGCGUUCCUCGAAAGGUUGCAGCAUCUCUGUUCAAAGCCUCCAUCACUAUGGUCUCAGCUAUAAACUCAGCAACAAUUGUCCUUUUGGCGAACCAUACGGUCUGCGUAUUCACACAUUACGGUUACAACAUCGUCAAAUUUCCAUUAGACGAAGGCUUUACGAACUAUCACCUGAAGAGUAAUCCUCUGACCACGAGGUAUGAUACGGUAUCCAACCAUAUUUCCCAGGUCACGGCUGGGGGAGACACAAUAGCGGCGAUAUCGACCAGGGGCGACUUAUACACUUUGACUGUUCGAAAGCAUGAUAACACCUCGGCGACAAGCACCACCAAUCCGUCCAAAAUUAAGGAUUCGCUAUCUACUCCGGAACGAGUUUGGGCCCUCCGAAAAGGUAAUUGGGAUGGCAUCAAAUCAGCCGGCAUUACCGAAAAUGGGUCCGUAAUAGUGUGUACACAGGCAGGUGCCGUUUGGCAUCGAGUCAAGAGAGCAAAGAUCAAGGAUGCAUUUACAGGGUCAAGGUCGUUCAAUCGUAAAGACUUCAAGUUUCAGCGUAUUCCGGGUCUCACCAAGGUAGCCGCUAUACGCAGCACCGCAUUUGGGGUUUAUGCUGCGAUUCGAAAGGACUGCGACGUGACAAAGACCCAGAUUGCAGUGGAGCAACGAAGUCUCUGGGAGGACAUCGCUCCUCUGCUUAGUCUUCGAGGCUUGGAGGCAUCUAAGCCACUUCUCGACGACGAAGAUACAGAAACUCCCAGAUCCUGGACGCCAGUGCUGCCAAAGGACCUGUUUGACCCCAUGAAACGCGCUGUUCUUACGUCUCCAGAUCUUGACGCUGAUAUUGCCCGCCAUUUACUUGGCCAAGACCUGGACGGCUAUGACAUUGAUAUCUGCACGACGACUUCGGAUGUGAGGAUUCCAACUCAUGGCUUUAUUCUUGCUAGAAGUCCAGUCAUGAGAAACGCAUUGAGCCAAUUUCGUCGGUCUGGGGCUGCUUCCAUUCCAGAUGUCCUCUCAAUUAGCAGUGGCUCUGUUGAAGGCCGCACAGAAAUUGGCGCAGGCGACCCAAAGCCAAGGAUCAUGUUUCAAGGCUUGGAUCUCAUUGUUGUCGUGAAUUUGAUCAUAUAUCUGUACGAAGAUACUAUCAUUGAUGUCUGGCAUUUCACUCGGCACUGUCCGAGCAUGGCUUUCAGAUACCGCCAGGUACGAAUUGAGCUCAUGAAGACUGCAGGUCAUCUCAAGUUGAACAAGCUAGAGGCGGCUGUGCGUCUCAUGACUGAGCCUGAAAGGCAGUUGAAUGUUGAUCUCAACCGAGCUACGCAUGAUCCAAGAUUCUUUGACGAUGGAGAUGCUAUUAUUGAGCUAGACGGUUCAGAGCUGCGGGUCCAUAGCGCCCUUCUUUGCCAGAGAUGCCCAUUCUUCGAGGGUAUGUUCAAUGGUCGGGCUGCUGGUCAAUGGCUAGCUAGUCGACGCGAAGACAUCUCGGAGGCUGUCCGAAUCGAUUUGAAGCACAUUGAACCGGAAACCUUCAGGCUCGUCCUACGCUUCCUGUAUGCCGAUGUUGGUCCGGAACUUUUCGAUGAUGUGGUUUCCGCUGAUAUCGACGAGUUCUCUGAACUCCUUCUGGAUGUUAUGGCGGCUAGCAAUGAGUUGAUGCUGAACCGACUGUCACAGAUCUGUCAACAAGUGAUUGGUCGUUUUGUCAGUACUCGUAACGUGUGCAGCCUACUCAAUGUUAUUUCUCCUUGCUCUGUGAAGCUGUUUAAAGACUCGGCUCUCGAAUAUGUUUGCUUGCAAUUGGAAUCGAUGUUAGAGAAUCACCUACUCAACGACUUGGAUGAGGAGCUUCUCUUGGAACUCAGCAAUGUUGUCCGUGCGAACCAACUCAAUUGCCUUCCGUUUGCAAAGAGCGGCAGAGCUGAGCUUCUCCUACACGAGCGACAUCCCAGUUUAGCGGAAGACAUCCACGAGGAGAAACAGCGCCGACUACGAGACAUGACUUUCAGGGCAAACCUCAAGGAUGAUGACAGUCGAUUAUCGUCUUCGUUCCGCACCCGAGUUGGAAGCCUUGACGAUAUGAUGUCCUUCUCUCCUAGCCAAGACAAGGCAGGGCGAAAGUCAAAAGCUGCUCGGAAUGCACCGUUUAGCCCUAGUAUUAGGCCGAAGGACUCUACGGUUGAUUUGAUGUUUGACAUGGAUGACGAAGAUCCCCUGGGAAGUCCCAAGUCUCCCCUCCUGAACGCUACCACAGAAGUGGCAUCUCCUCAUCAGACGGAUUCUACAGGUCCUAAGCUUCCUUGGAAUGAGCUGGAGUCCCGAUCGGUCCCUGAUCAGGAGCUUUCGUUGCCCUUUUCAAAUACGCCAGGGUUGGGCAUUCAGAACAUGCCUGAGAAUGCACCUCCAAGUACCAAAACAUGGUCGUCGCCAGCACUGCCGUCAUCGAAGUUGGAUAUGCGGGAGAUCAUGGCCCAGGCCUCCUCGACCAGGAUUUCAGCCUUGUCGAUGAGUCUCUCUGCCCAGAAGAGCAAGGAGGCAGCUGCAAGUAAGCAAUCGACACCCAAGCUCUCUCAGAAGGAGCGCAAGAAACAGCAGCAACAAGCUAUGCGGUUAUCAAUGAAUCAACCUCGAAUAGAGCUAUUUGAUCACAAGGUCGACGGCAAGACAUCGUCUCCUUGGCAAGUAGCAAGUUCUGGACCAAAGAUGUCGCUUAAGGAUGUCCUGAACCAGCCCAUACAUUCAUCACCACCUGUUCACAACAAGAACCUGGGCCCUCCGAUUCCGUCUAAACCCAUGACAACUCGGCGAACAGCUUCUCCAGACACUCGAUUUUCCGGGCAAAAUCGCAGUGCCAGCAACAAAAACAUUACCAAAAUGCAACCGCGAUCAGUUGGACCAUCCAAGGCCGCAACUCCUCCCCCUUCGUCAAAAUCUAUGCCAAUUAUUCCACAUUCGAAGAGUUACACUCAGCCUGCUGGAAAAGCGGAGCCAUCCCUUCAACUAUCCAUGGCUGAUAUCAUCGGCCAGCAGCGGAGAGAACAAGAAGUGGUUCGCGAGGCCGUCGCCAAGCGAAGCCUGCAGGAGAUUCAAGAGGAACAAGCGUUUCAAGAGUGGUGGGAUCAGGAGAGCAGAAGAGCCCAAGAAGAAGAGGCUGCAAAAGCAAAUAAUAGUACUUCUAGUUUACGCAGAGGAGGAAAGACGCGUGGUGGGUCGAGAGGCAAAAGUGGGGGUAGAGAGCGGGGAGGCAGAGGAAGAGGGGAUGACAGGGCGGGCCGGGGUCGUGGGAGGGGUCAAGAGAAGACUUCGAAUGUAAUGCAAUGA